CAUAAAUACUAUUAACUUAAAAACUUGAAGAAUAAGACAACGAUCAGUAUGCAUUUUCCAAAACAAACUGUUGUCUUUGUAAAUAAUGUCAGACUAGACUACAUUCCACCACCUUUUAUGAAGAAAACAUGAAAACAAAUAGAUUUGAGCCAAAAUCAGUAACAUCCGUGAAAGAAAACGAAAAACAGCUAAGAAGUUUAUUCAAGCAUCAACGGCUGGAUAACCCAGCACAAUUGAGGAUUAAGACAGUCUUGUAAACCACCACCGAGCGCAGACUAACUGCACAAUUCUAACUGCUCUGCUUUUAUGUUCCGAAAUGACGUACGUCCGUUCUAACUCUUGCUCAUCCUGAAUAUGACGUGCGCAUGUGCGCUUUUACUGCUUAUUACAUUCCGGGGUGUUACCUUUUGGUUUCUCUUGUAGAUGUGCUGUGGCGCUCAAAGCUGUUGUUAUUGUUACCGUUAGCCCAAUCUAAGAUGGCGGACUUAAUGGAGGUGAUAGAAGGCUGUCGGCUACCCGUGCUUAGAAAGAACCAGGACAAUGAAGACGAGUGGCCCUUGGCUGAAAUCCUUAGUGUCAAAGAGAGCAAUGGAAGAAAGAGCUUCUAUGUUCAUUACAUUGACUUCAACAAGCGCCUGGAUGAGUGGGUCAAUUCUGAUAGACUGGACUUGAAGAAAAUACAGUUUCCAAAGAAAGAGGCCAGGACACCAACUAAAAAUGGUCUUCCAGGUUCAAAACCAAGCUCGCCAGAGAGAGAACCAGAGCAAAACACUACAGGGGGAGUGGAAUCAGAAAUUAGGAGUGUUGGCUGUCCACAGUACUAUCAGAAUUUUGUUUCUGAUUACUUUCAGAAGAGGAAGGUAGACGCUGUAUCCCUGGUAUCCCAGGGUUCCCCAACAACUCCCAUUUCCUCAUCAUCGGAGAGCAGCCAAGCAUCUUUAUAUCCACAGAAUGGGGCUGCAAGGAGAGUAGUAGCUGCACAACCUGGUAGAAAAAGGAAGGCCAAUUGUCUUGGAACAGAUGAGGAUUCUCAGGACAGCUCUGAUGGCAUUCCAUCUGCUCCACGAAUGACUGGCAGUUUAGUGUCAGAUCGCAGCCAUGAUGAUAUCAUUACCCGAAUGAAAAAUAUUGAAUGUAUUGAGCUGGGGCGGCACCGUUUGAAACCAUGGUAUUUUUCUCCAUACCCCCAGGAGCUCACUACACUACCUGUUCUCUAUCUGUGCGAAUUCUGUCUGAAGUAUGUUAAGUCACUCCGCUGUCUUCAGAGGCAUUUGACAAAAUGCAAUCUUAGACAUCCUCCAGGAAAUGAAAUCUACAGAAAAGGAACUAUUUCUUUUUUUGAAAUUGAUGGCAGAAAAAAUAAGAACUAUUCUCAGAACCUGUGUCUUCUAGCAAAAUGCUUUUUGGAUCACAAAACACUUUAUUAUGACACAGACCCCUUCCUUUUCUAUGUCAUGACUGAAUACGACAGCAAAGGUUUCCAUAUUGUUGGUUACUUCUCAAAGGAAAAAGAAUCAACAGAAGACUACAAUGUUGCCUGCAUAUUAACACUUCCGCCAUACCAGAGAAGAGGAUAUGGCAAGCUACUUAUUGAGUUCAGUUAUGAGCUUUCUAAAGUAGAAGGGAAAACUGGGACUCCAGAAAAACCACUUUCUGAUCUUGGGCUGUUGUCAUACCGAAGCUAUUGGUCACAAACAAUCCUAGAGAUCCUCAUGAGCCUGAAGUCAGAGAAUGGAGAACGGCCACAGAUUACAAUAAAUGAAAUCAGUGAGAUGACAAGUAUUAAGAAGGAAGAUGUGAUCUCAACACUACAGUAUCUUAACUUAAUUAACUAUUACAAGGGUCAAUACAUUCUGACUUUGUCUGAGGAUAUAGUGGAAGGUCAUGAGAAGGCAAUGCUGAAGAGAGUUCUUCGGAUAGACCCCAAAUGUCUGCACUUUACCCCUAAGGACUGGAGUAAAAGGGGUAAGUGGUAAGAACUGACUGCCAAAGUUCCCAGUGUGCGAUACAUUAAAUACCUCAUGGCUACAGGAGAAGAAGGCUCGACAAACGUGGCCAUCACAUAGCCUCUAUAGAGUGCCAAGCCAAUGAGCAGGAGAUGAGCUCCGUCUUACUGUAAUCACAUGGUGCCUACAGCCAACAGACUUUGGAUCAGAGGACUUCUUUUUUAUUAAUUUGGCAUGUGAGAAUAACAACUGGGGAUAAGAUAAUCUUGUCUGUAUUGUCUCCACUGCACAAGUCCAGCAACUGCAGAUCAGCACAGUUCUGUUUGGCCUACAUUUCUUGUCUUCAUCUAAGAUCUGCUUUUAAUGUCACUCUGUUACACUACAAGUCUACUGUAGUCUCAGGGUUUUAAAGAACCACCCUGGUUCUUAGCCAGGAUGGUUAAUAAGCUCAGGUGCCACAUCGUCUGGAAUGGACCUUGUGAACAGUGUCAUAUGGAAGUGGUAAUUUCAGUAUUUAGAAAGCUAGGGUGAAGUGGAUAGGUCAAAUAAUUGUUACUGGUACAUUCCGUUAUUAUAUUCUAAAGGCUCAUUACACUGAUCUGUUUUCAUCACUCUGACCUGCCUGGAUUUGUAAGAGCAACUCAUUUGUUCCUGUGUGUAGAUUUGAAGGGACUGAUGCAGAUGGACAAUGUUGAAAAUGACUGUUCAGUCCAGAGAGAGUUGAUGCGUUAUAGUUGUGUGUUCAUCCUACAAAGCUAGAGCUAGGUAUAGAUCUAGAGGCUAGCUUGCAGUGAUGAAUCGCAUGACUUCUACUGUAAUGUUCUAGCAUUUGUGACAAAAUAAUAUUCUGUGCAAUAGCUCCAUUGUCAAUAGAUAGGAGUGUAAGGGAAUCUUUUACUAUUUCCCAAAGACAUAUCACUGACAAAUUAUAUUUAAAGUGGUUCCUGCUUCUCAUUUUAAACUAAAAAUAAAAAGAAUGUCCGUAAUAUUAGGACUGAAAUUUACAGAAUGGGAAAAAAGUGCCCUAUGUAAAAUAAUCAUAUCUGUAAAGAACAGAAUUUUAAGAUUAAAAACUGAGGGAAAGAUUAGCACUCAGUUGAAGUGGUGACCUUGAAACAUGGAUAAUGAAUUUACUAUGUAUUUUUCUUGUACAUAGGUACUUUUUGUAAAUUAGCUCUUUUUACUGUGUUGUCAUAUUGCGUUAUUAUCUCAGAUUAUACAUUUCAGUCAUGUACAGUUUUUGUAUAAAGUGAAUUCUAAAUUAAAUGCAACAACAUCCGUAUUUUCAGUGCCA